UAGACCGACAUAGCGUCUUCCCUGCGCUUAGAAAUGAGGCAAAGGAUAGAACGAUCAACGAACGUCGUUUUACAGUUCCCCGCCCUUUCUAUUGCUUCUCUUUGGAGCUGAAUCGUGGGCGUUCCGCCUGGCUAUUGGCAGCCUAGGGUUUUUCUGUAGCGGAGACAAGCAUGACAUCAUUUGGAUCUCUCAAAUCAGCAAUUUUUGAGAGAGAAGAGAGAAAACAGCAAUACCAGGCACAUAUUCGAGGGCUUAAUGCUUAUGAUCGGCAUAAGAAGUUCCUGAAUGAUUACGUUAGCUUCUAUGGGAAAGAAAAACCUUCCAAUUUACGUUUGCCUAUUAAAACAGAUAAAGACACACUAAGAGAGGGAUAUAGAUUCAUACGCUCUGAAGAAGAUGAUAUGGAUCCUUCCUGGGAACAAAGGCUGGUGAAACGUUACUAUGACAAGCUUUUCAAAGAAUAUUGCAUUGCUGAUAUGUCUCAUUACAAGAGUGGCAAGAUUGGCCUCAGAUGGAGGACAGAGAAGGAAGUGAUAUCUGGCAAGGGCCAGUUCAUAUGUGGGAACAAACAUUGUGAUGAGAAAGAUGGCUUAGCAAGCUAUGAGGUGAACUUUUGUUACUUUGAAGCUGGGGAAAACAAACAAGCCCUUGUCAAGUUGGUAACCUGUGAGAGAUGUGCUGAGAAGCUUCAUUACAAGAGGAGGAAAGAGAAAGAAAAAUUAGAAAAAAGAGAACAGGAAGGCAGCCGAAAGAGGAAUCGUUCAAAGAGUGAUGAUGACUCGGAAGAGCUCAAUGAAAGCAAAGAGAGGAGGAGAAAAGGGAAAAGGGCUUCAACUUCUGCAAGUGAUCAUAAAAUUGACGACGACGAUAACUUCGAUGAAUUUCUUGAGGGAAUGUUUCCGUGACCUCAGCAGAUUGAUCGUGGCCCUAGAGGCAAAAAGUAUGUCCUCUAUGUCAAAGUUGGACGAGAAACAAAAUUUUGGGUUCUGUUAGGGGGACAGGAGAGUGGCCCUGUAGGUGGAUGUCUCAAGUACAGAAUUGAGAAGAUCACAAAUGCUUUUUGAGGAAACUAUUACCUCUUAACUCUACGUAGUAACAUAGGACGUUGUGGUCAUACUAUAAUUCUUUUUGGGUUGCAGGUCGUACUAAAAUGUUUGUACAGCAUGAAUAAUGCGAUUUCUUUUGCCAGAUCAAUGUAAUUUACACAUUACAAGCUUCAUUGCCUUUUA